AUGCCUCUCCCCGCGGCGCUGCUGCCGGCGCUGCUCCUGGGGCUGCUGUGGCCAGGGGCGGUGCGUGGCCGGUCGCCCCCGGGUCGCCUCCCCGCGGGGCCCCGCCAGCGCCGCUGGGACGCGGCUCUUUUCGCCCGUUCCGUCGCUCGCCUCCCGGCUGAGCGCCGCGAUGCCGCCCGCGACGGCGACUACCUCCUGGGCAUCAAGCGGCUGCGGCGCCUCUACUGCAAUGUGGGCAUCGGCUUCCACAUCCAGGUCCUGCCCGACGGCCGCAUCGAUGGGAUUCACAGCGAGAAUCGAUACAGUCUGCUGGAAAUUUCUCCUGUGGAAAGAGGCGUGGUGAGCAUAUUUGGUGUCAGAAGUGGACUCUUCGUGGCCAUGAAUAGCAAAGGCAAACUCUACGGAUCUGCCCAUUUCAAUGAUGAGUGCAAAUUCAAAGAGAUUCUCCUGCCAAACAACUACAAUGCUUACGAAUCCAGGAUUUAUCCCGGGAUGUACAUAGCCCUGAGCAAAAAUGGAAGAACAAAGAAAGGCAAUAAAGUAUCUCCCACAAUGACAGUGACACAUUUUCUUCCUAGAAUCUGAGACAUCUCCCUUCAGACCUACCUCAGCACAGGGGAAGACGCAGAACAUCUUUGGAGAAAAGAAACAUGGUGCACUUUUACUGGAGAGUUUUAUGCAAGAGUAGGUGUAAGAUAUUUAAGUUAAUUAUUUAAAUAUGUAUAUAUUGUCACAAAACUUAUUUAUAGUUACUUUUUUUUUAAUCUCUGAAAACAAUACAAACCUCCAACCCAAGGUCUUUCAUUUCAUGGUGCAACAGGAGAAGUCUUCUGCUUUGUGGUUUAUUUAAUUCAGUUCUGAGUUAUCACAGUUGUGCUGCUACUUCAUGUCCUAAGCCAAGGUGACAUCCAAUUCCUCUCUCCCAAUGUUUUGCACUGUUUUUGUGUUGCUCUGUGUUUAUUGUUGUACAGGUGUGAGUUUGUUUGUUUGUUUGUUUGUGUUUUAUGGUGGCUUUGUCCUCCCCUGAACAUUUUCCAAACCGCUGGUGGCUCCCAGUGCAGCUCCUGGCCCGGGAGCAGGAGGUGCCUGGGUGGGAUGCCAGCGUGGAGCCACACACAAUGCCUGAUCCCCUUUGCUAUUUCACUGCAAUGGGAUCGGUUUACCCCGGCACGGGAGUGCGGUGCUGCACAGCUACCCCACAAAUCUGUUUUUAGAUCCAUCAGCACUGAACUUUGAACUGCCCUGCAGUCCAUCUCCUCGGAGAAGUUGAAACACCUCUGUCGGCUCAGCAGGACUUGGGUUGGGGUUUUCUCUUCAGAUCAACCGUGGCCCUUAAUGGGAGCUUUUGUUUGGUACAAUUGCUUGGCAUGAGGCUAAAAAGUAACGUGUCUGUCCCUCCCCCAGCAAACGCACUGUGGAACACGCUACAAUGAACCAGCUCUACUUUGCUCAAAUCAAAUUCCCUUUCAUACUUGGAGACUACAUUCAUUUUUCAAAGUGUGGGGAGCUCUAUAACACUCCUACGUCUUCUACAAGGGAAAAGCGUUUGCUGGUUUGUAGCAAACACGAGUUCCAUAGAAAGAAUUUAGAUUGAUGAGGAGGAAUUUAGGUUGGUUUGUACUAUUUAUUAUUUUUGUUGCAGUAUUUGGAAGGAGAAAUAUGCUGCUUUUUUUUCUGUCUCAUUCCCUGAUGAGUUGAUUCAUUUCUACCUCACUAACUCUCAAAGCCAGUCUCGUAACAAAUUCUGCAUGGGAGGAAGGUACCCACUUUUCUGCUUGGGCUUGAAGUUCUGGAGUAGAGCCUGGGGGAACAAGCAUAAUCCCAAAUCUCUCUUUUUUUCCAUAUGUAGCCAAAAGUAUUCAGGAUAGAGUUGGUUGCAUCCUAUUUGAGCCUUGUCACGUUUGAGCUAUCUUUACCCAGUGGUUUACUUUUAGUAAGGGUAAUCAUGGUGAAAAUAUUUGCAGGCAGCUGUCAGGCUGCAGUACUAUAUCGUCAUCAAGUAACCCUAUAUUUUUCCUUAUAUAUUUUGCAAGUGUAACUUAUGUCUCUAACGUGAUGAAGGAAAAGAUAGGUUUGAUUAUGGGGGAAUCACUAAAAGGAUUCAUGUGUCCUUUUUUUUCCCUCCUUUUUUUUUCCCUCCCUUUUUUUUCCCCCCCCCUUUCUUCUUUUAUUUUUUAUUUAAAAGAUACUUCAUCUUCAGGGCAUCAAUAUGUUAAGGGGGAGCCAGGACUAACCACAAUGUUUGAUGACUUAGAGGACAUUUAUAGAACAUCUUCCAAUCUAAACCUAUUUCCAGCUACAUACAAAUCUUUGAUUCAGCUUUUUUUCUUUACCUCUUUACAUUCCUACACUUAAGCCUUUGUUCCUUUGUAAUGGUAUAGACCUGCCUGUAUCCUCUACUUACACAUGACCUUGAAGAGAAACUCUACUCACCAAAGUUCAGUAAAAUCAGAGCAGACCAGGACCAGACCUUAAGGCAGCUGCCCUCACAGCAAAAAUAAUUAAGGAAAAAGAAAUAUCACACCUAAAGAUUUUAAAAUAUUUUCUUUUUCUGUAAAAUUGGGAAUUUUCUGUACUUUCUAUGUUUCCUGUAUGUGAGUAAUCAUUGUGUAUUUAUCACCACUACCUCUGACAACUAAUGAUUUUGUUCCAGAUUUCAGAUAGCAAAAUCAGACCACAAAGGUUCUCUCUGGGAAUGGUUCUUUGCCAUUUUUCACUUCAUUAAAUCCACAACCAACGGCCUCACAUGAGAUAUGUUCAGAGGUAGUUGUUGUAACUUUUAAAUAUUGUGAUGCAACCUUGAUAACAAUGUUACAUGGUAUGAGUUUUCACCAUUUACCAGAAUCUGUCUGUAGUUUUAUACAGGUGCUGUUCAAG